AUGGAUCCCAAAGACCAUGACGCCCAUCAUGACCUCCCUCAUCCGCAUCCCACCCUCUCUCCGGCAUCCGUAGAUCUCGACCACGGCUCGCCCUCGCCCUCGCUGAACGCCGUGUGCGGCCCCGGCUUCCCCGGCGUGCUCUCGCUACACCACUACCGCAGAUACCUGUCCGACAGUCCGCCUGCCGACAGCGACGAGAUGAAGAAGCUGCGGCGCAAGAACGCCGCCUUCAACCUGAACCAGUACCAGGCGCACAUGUCGCAGCCCCAUCAGCCGCCCUUCGCUGCCUCGUCCGUGGCUUCGAGUCCGCCGCCCCUGUCGCCGUCGCAUUCACCCAGUGCCUGGAGUGAACAGGGCCCCGAGAGUCUGGACGGCUUUUGCCUCCGCGGGUCGCCCAGUCCGCUCGACGUGUCCGCAGAGCAGAUCUACUACGUCCAUCCGUCGCCGUCGAAACACGACGCACAUAGGAUCCUAGAUACCUUCCGCGAGCGUCUGGAGAAACACCCCGACACCGCACUCUCACAAGACACCGCCCAUGCACUCCCAGAUCAACACCCCACAGUCCCAGACGACGACCACCCCCUCCCAGCAGAGGAAGAAGAUGAUGAACCCCCCAGCACAAACCCCACAAUCGUUCACCACGGCACCGCCUUCGAGAUCCUCAACCCGCGCGCCUCUCUCCGCUUCGCCCGCAUCGUCUCCUACAUCGACGACGUGCAGAACCCCCCCGACGCCGUGGACUCCGACGCCUCGCUCCGCACGCAGUCCAUCGCCGAGGAAGACGAGACGCCGCACCCCCCAGAGCACGCCUACCACGACCUCGUCGGCGACUCGCCGCACCACCCCAUGCCGUCUAUCUCCGAGCGUCUCGAAGAGCGCGAUGACGAUGAUGGUGCGGGGCUCAUGCCCGCCCCGCUGGCGCCGCGUUCACAGUCGCCCGUGAGCUCGCUGGGGAGCGAAAUCGGGGAGCCGGGGUCGCCGGUCAGCGAGCAGCAUGAACAUGGACAUGCACAUGCACAUGGCCAUGGUUAUGACCAGGCGAAUACGUGGGACCAGCCCCCGCCGUACCGUGCGUAUGGGUACGGGUAUGAGUACGACGGUCUUGGAUCCAUCGGAAACUGUCGCGGCGGGCGGUUGCAGAUCGGCGGAAGGGGCAGAACGGGCAUGGGGGCGCGUUCCGGCGGUUGUGUGCGCGGCUAA